CGCGGUGUCCGUUUGGGCGCUUCCUUGGCCCGGAUUACUCGUUCUGUAAGUGGCGUCGCGACUCCUCUCAAAGACGAAGAUCGCAUUUUUAACAACCUAUACGGUAGACAUGAUUGGCAUCUUAAAGGUGCCAUGCAAAGGGGUUUUUGGUACAAAACCAAAGAAAUUAUCCUAAAGGGUCAAGAUUGGAUUAUUGAUGAAAUUAAAAAGUCUGGUCUGCGUGGCCGAGGGGGAGCCGGUUUUCCCACAGGUGUCAAGUGGAGCUUUAUGCGCAAACCAAGCGACGGCCGUCCGCGGUAUCUAGUUGUCAACGGAGACGAAGGUGAGCCGGGAACCUGCAAGGACAGAGAAAUUAUCCGACACGAUCCACACUCCCUUAUUGAAGGUUGCCUCGUCGCCGGUGUUGGCAAUGGCGCCCAAGCCGCCUACAUCUACAUACGUGGUGAAUUCUACAAUGAAGCUUGCAUCCUCCAAGAGGCAAUUAAUGAGGCAAUCCAGGCGUAUGAUGCGGGUCUGAUCGGUAAGAACGCAUGUGGGAGUGGGUACGCCUUUGACGUCUACAUCCACCGUGGUGGCGGUGCUUACAUUUGCGGUGAAGAGACUGCCCUGAUAGAAUCCAUCGAGGGCAAGCAGGGCAAACCGCGUCUCAAGCCUCCGUUCCCGGCCGAUGUGGGUCUGUUUGGCUGCCCCACGACGGUGAAUAAUAUUGAGACAAUUGCCUCUUCUCCGACUAUCUGCCGCCGUGGUGGCGAGUGGUUUGCGUCUUUUGGACGUGAAAGGAACCAUGGAACUAAGCUCUUCAAUAUUUCGGGUCAUGUGAACAAUCCGUGCACUGUCGAAGAAAGCAUGUCAAUUCCCUUGAAAGAAUUGAUCGAACGACACGCUGGAGGCGUUCGUGGAGGCUGGGAUAACCUUCUGGCUGUCAUCCCUGGUGGAAGCUCAACUCCUGUUAUUCCAAAGAGCAUCUGCGACACCGUUCUGAUGGAUUUCGAUGCCCUCAUGGAGGUUCAGUCGGGUCUGGGAACCGCCGCCAUCGUUGUGAUGGACAAGUCAGCUGACAUCAUCCGAUGCAUUGCCCGUUUGAGCGCGUUCUACAAACACGAGUCCUGUGGACAGUGCACACCUUGCCGUGAAGGCUGCAAUUGGAUGUUGAAGAUUAUGCAGCGUUUUCAGACUGGGAACGCGAAGGAGGAGGAGAUUCAGUUCUUGUACGAAGUCUCCAAGCAAAUCGAGGGCCACACGAUUUGUGCAUUUGGCGAGGGAGCUGCAUGGCCUGUGCAGGGUCUCAUUCGUCACUUCACCCCCGAGAUCAAGCGCCGCAUGGCAGAAUAUUCAGCAAAGCGGGCCCAGGCCUAG